GUAACCAUAACGAAAAAUUUGUCAAAAAAUAAAAGAAAUUGUCAAAACCUCAACAAAAUGACAACUUUAAUAUAAGGAAUAGUAAUUAAUUAAAAAAAUAAUGGAAGACCAAAUCGAACCUAAUAAACAAGAAGAGCGUGAUCAGGCAUCUGUUCAACUCGAACAAAUCUACGAAACGAAACGUAAAGAACUCGAUAAGAUUCACCAAGAUCUAAACGAGUUAAUGACACGUUUAAACACGUUUAUAACUGAACAAGACGAUUCAGCCAUGUGUGAGGAAUCAAGCGUGGAUGCGGAUAGUCAAACGACGACAAUUGCUAAAGAUACGGAAGACGAUGAUUUCUCCGAGAAACAGGAUGGUCCGCAAGAAAAGGAACUCAUCAAACAAAAAUUUCAACGGGGUUUUUCGAUGGAGGACAUCUACAUUUGCGAUGGGACAAAUCCCCCGGAAAUCGAUUGGGAUACUUUGGCUCCGUUCAUACAAAGCGUCGUUGGCGAUUUAAAACAAAUCCGACAGUUAAAUCAAAUGACCAAUUCGGUUAUGGAGCGUAUCCGAAGUAUUGCCGGAAAGAAUGAACAUUGCGAAAACGAAAGCAUUAAGGAAAUUAUCGAGAAUGAGGACGAGGAUUGAUUUGUGAAAGUUUUUUUAACAUGUUUUGGUUGUUUUUUUUAUUAAAAUUAAAAAUUUAUUAGGUUUUUAUAUCAAAA